CUCAGUCAACAAUGGGACUGUGGCAGCGGCUCGUGUCGUUCGGAGCGCAGUCUGCCGCCACGCCCAUACUCCAGUCGCAAUCCAAGCACGCGUCGCCACUGCUUCGCCACAUCGCCCCUGCUGCUGCUCGUCGUGCUGUUGCUCUUGUCGAUCCGUCAUCCGUCGCCGUCUCAUGGGGCGACGGCAGCUUUGGCCAGUGCGGCUCGGGCGAGGCUCACGACGCAAUCCCGCCAUUGCCGCUUGCAGUGCUGACUGCGCCGGCGUUCCGCGUGGCAGCCGUUGCGGCUGGGCUCGGUCACGCCGUUGCGCUCGUCGAUGAGCUCAAUCCGCUAGACAAGUCGCAUCCUCACAGCACCCGGCAAUCGCUGUUCAGCUGGGGAUCGAAUUUCUAUUCGCAGCUUGGAACGGACGAUCAGCACUCGAGCAUCUUUGACGAGGACGAGGAGGAUUUUCCAGUUCCGCGUCGACUGACAUCCACGCCAUUGCGCGUUGAACUCUUGUCCGAAACGACCGAAUCGAGCAAUGCCAGAACUGCUGCUACCACGACUACGACGACAACUACUACUACUACAGCGGAGCUUGAAAACAGCCCACGGACGACAGCAGCAGCCGCUACAUCAAAGCUAUUCCGUGAUGUUUCAGCCGGAUUUUUCCACACUGCUCUUUUGUCGACGUCGGGGCGAGUGGCAUGCUGGGGAGCGGGCCUGUUGGGUCAUGGCGACGCCCUCAACGACGGCGCGCUGCGUAUUGUUCGUGGGCUGCCACCUGGCAUGCGUCUGCUGGCGGCUGGUGGCUACCAAACUGUUGCUUGGGGUCCAGCUGGAAUCUUCCUUUGGGGAUGGCUUGCUUCUCCCAAAACGUUGCCCAUCCCGAACGAACCCGGCACUUCCUCACCAUCAGCAAGCUUCCAGCUCACCCAUCGAAUGCUCAAAGCCGUGUCGCCGAUGCGAGUAACUGCUCUGGACGCUUCGUGGCAGGUUUCUCAUGCGGCAUGUGGUCACUCUCACACGGCGCUCGUCCUCACAGCCCCGAACGACGCGACCAAUCAACAUUUGGCCAUCUUUGGGCGCGAAUCACCGGAAGUGUUCUCGAGCGCUCCCAUUGCACCUCUUUUUGCUGAGGAACCUGGUCUGGAUUCGCUGCACGAUUCCUUGCGUCUUGAGAGCACUGCCACCACGGCCAAGUAUGAUUCUGCCUACCUGGACCAGCUCCGCGUUUUGCACCGAGAGUGUCUGACGCCGCGCGUCAUUCCCGUUGACGCAUCCGUUUGGGGCCCAGUCCGUCGGCUCGCUUCUGGCAACGGAUUUACCGUUGUGCUGUUUGAAUCGGGACGCUUGGCAUCAAUCACUCGGCAUGGCGAUCGUGAAAAGCAAGAUCUGGUGCCGCUAUCACCUCUCCCGGAUAAGUCGACCGUCGUGGAUGUUGCAUGCGCUGCAGGUUCGGUGAUUGCCGUAAGCAGCAAUGGGAUGGUGUUUGCAACCGACGACACGUUCGGGACCGAGGCAUUGCCACAUCACGAGUGGCACGCAAUAUGUCAGCGAGCCGAAGCGCCGUUGACCAAAGCUGCGGCCGGUGCAGCCUUCGCGAUCGUGUUUUGAUUGACCCCUGUUGGACUGUGUGCUAUCAUGUACAGUUCGAUCUCGUACAUUCAUGCUUUAUGGCGCUGAACGUUGUAUUUCUUGAUAAAGCCAAUUUUCAAACACUGCU